AUGCAGCUGCAAUCAGGCGACUAUGAUCAUCGCAACGAGUGGGACUUUGAGUUCCUGGGGUCGCCCAACAACUCACGAGGCAUGACGCUGCAGACCAACGUGUUCAUGAACGGCCAGGGCGACCAGGAGGUGCUCACUGCCUUUGCCUUCGACCCUGCUGCUGCCUUCCACACGUACACCAUUCAGUGGGGCCCGCAGCGGACCGUUUGGCUGGUGGACGGAGUGAACAUCCGCACGGUGAGCAACAGCAGCCCGCACUACCCCAAGGACCCCAUGAAGGUCUACUUCAGCAUCUGGGACGCCUCCCCCUGGGCCACCGGGCCCCGCACCGCCCGCAUCCCCGUCAACUAUGACUACGCGCCUUUUACCGUGACGUUCAAGAACUUCAAGUACACCCCGCUGUCUGCAAAUUGA